ACUAGUUUUUUGCUUCUCGCUGUGGUUACACCAUAAAACGUCUUUUAAAAUAUUAUCUUUUUACUUUACUUUGAUUUUUCUUAUUUAAGUUUUUAGCGCGAAAAUAGUAAGUCCGAUAUAUGCAAAUUGUACCGAAUAAGAAAUUGAUAUUAGAUAUUUUAAUGUAGGUAUUCGUAAAAUUCAUAUUUAAAAGUUCACCAACGUAAGCGUUUAGUUCAACCGAAACAGUUCGAAUUAUUAUUUGUACGGUACCGAUUCUCACUCAGUGUAUUAUUAUACAAAAUGAACAUUAACAUAACGACGUUUAUAAACCCUUUUUCUUUUUUUUGUAUGCCUGAGGCUAGUCAGAAAAUUAACUUACCUGAAAAUGACCAAAUACUUUCGUCUCCAAAUGUGGGCAGUAGCAUCGAUCCAUCCAAAGUCAAUCACGGCCAAUAUGUCGCAGUAUUAUGGCAAAGCAGGUGGACGCGUGGUAUAAUUACUAUGGAAUCACAGUGCUUAAUAUGGUUAAUAGAUUUUGGUAUUUAUUUAAGACCUAAUGAAAAAACUGUGUUUAUAAGCCUACCUCCAGAGUACAAAAAGUUGCCAACUAAAGUAUUUGAAGCCAGUAUACAUGGAGUCAUGCCUCUGGAUAAAAGAAUCAAUGAAAGUUGUGAGAUUGAGAAUCAGAUUUGUACCAACUGGAAUAAAGGUGCCAUUGAAAAAAUGCAAGAGAUCAUAAAGUAUUCCAAACGGCUUUAUUUUGUUCCUGUGGCUGUUAUUUCUACCAAAGAAAACGACGUAGUGUUGGGAAAUUUGUAUUUUGAAGCAAGCGGAUGUAGUUCUCUCGUAAACAUUGUCGACGAGUUAGAAGGAUGGCCAGUAUUUUUAGAAAAGAAUGAGAGCGCUUACAUUCAAAAUCUAUCGGUUCUAUACUCAAACCGUAGACGACAUCGUGCGUGCCUGCUAAAACCUUUACCAAAUGUAACCAUACCUAACAUUUCAACGAAUUUGUCUUUAGAAGAAUAUAAUAGUAUUUGUGGUAAGGUUCUUGACAUCUGUGAAGCCAGGAAGUCCGAUUGUGCUUCGGAAGAUGGCAGCACUGUGGUCAACGCAAAAUUAAAGGAACAGAAAACAAUCUACACAUUAACAUUUGAAGAAAUAGAAAUGUACUCCAAUAUGUACAUUACUAUAGCGGGUCAGGAGUAUAAUGCUUUGAAUUUGUUGUUGAAUAAAAUCAGAGAUCUUAGAAUGUGUGAAAAAUACAAAAAUGCUAAACCAAUCGGAAGAGCUACGACCAGAUUAGGAUCUACUCAUAAUUGAUAUUUCUUUGUUUUUAUUGAAGUUUUUUUUAUUGUUAUUUUAAAAAUAUUGAUUUUUGUUUGAUUUUUUCGCUUAUAUUUUUUUGGAUUUAUUUAUAUAAAGUUUUGGCGACAUUAGCAUUACAUCAAUAAUAAUCAUAACGUUAUGGUUGUAAUAGAGAUUGCCGGAGACUGCUAUGUGCAUGCGUAUUUAAUGCAGUUACUCAGUAACUCACCAAGACUUACGAUGUCUCUUAAAUUCAAAUCGUUAUUUUUUUUUCUUUUUAGAGUUUCUUACCUAAGCUGAUGAUCUUUAGAGACCAUAUCAGCAUCACCGGGCGAGAUUUGCUACACAUUUGAUUUUUUUAAGUUGAUUUACACGACUUGUUUUGUUUCUGAAUAUGGAUAGUAUUUUUUAAGCUUUGGUAUUUGUAAUUUUUGUACUUUAGAAUUUCUUUCUUCAUUAAGUACGGAAAUUUGGAUUUGAUUGGCAUUGGUAAUUUUGAUUGGCAAUUUGAAAUGGCAUUUAAGUUCAGAUUUCGGUAAGUUUACGUAAUUCGAAGUAUCAAAAGAAUAGUUAAAAAUCAGUAAAAGAGAGAGAGUAGUUAAAACAAAAAACAAAAACAUUACUCGAAAUUGAGUGUUUCUUUAGAGUAUGUAGGUACUUUCCUUUGACAUUAUUUUUUAGACACAAACGCACUCCACGAAUUUUGUACUGUAAUCUGUCAACUAUUACACGUAAAUCAUUAUUAAAUAUCUGCUAAAACCGUCCAUUUUUUUUCAAAGUCAAAGUUUAUUCCAAAGUUCGUAGUUUUUUUUUCAAACUAAUUCGCUAAUUCGAUUCUCAUGAAUCCAGUAUGACAAUACAGAGGUUUGUUUUAAUUAAGUAGCUAAAAUUACUAUGACAACAAUGUGAUAUUGUUUGUCGAUACUAACACCAUAUUUUGUUUUAAAAUAAAACGAGCGUUGUUGU